CUUUUUAAACUACUGUACUAUUUUACGGACUGGUGAAGCAGUCAAAAAAGUUGCUGUUGAACAGGAUGUGAUGUGAAUUGUCUCAGUGACCUUGUGGAAACAUUUUACCGCAAGGGUUUGCAAUUUACAGAUGCAUUAUGCAACAAUGAAUGUUGCCCAUGAAGUAAAUCUGCUGGUGGGGGAGAUUGAACGACUUGGCACCAGAAACGCUGACGGUCAAACAAGUGUGAAGUUUGGAGUGCUGUUCAAUGACGACCGCUGUGCCAACAUCUUUGAGGCUUUGGUGGGCACCUUGAGGGCCGCCAAAAGAAAGAAAAUUGUCACCUUUGACGGCGAGCUCCUUCUACAGGGUGUCCAUGACAAUGUUGACAUCGUUCUGCUUCAAAACUGAGGUCGCUGUUUCCCCCAUCAACUGCAGGUGGAAGUCUUAUUUUCUUUUACCAAUACUGAGCUUCUGCUGUGUCAAUUAACAUAUUUCUUUCCCCCAAAAUGUGUAAAGCCCAAUGGUUGAAUUCCCAUUCUGAGACCAAACAAGUUACAAUCUCUGCUGUCAUAUUUUUUUGGUUCACCUUCAUUUCCAUUAGUUUGAUUUCACCCCAAGGGCUAUUAAACAGCUAUACAUGGCAAUGAUAUUUUUCAUGACUUGUGCUCCUCAAACAAAGCACACGUGCUUAAUGCCACAAAACAGUCUGGCAUAUACAUGUAAUUAGUUUUGGUUCGACUUGUCAAAAUAAAAGUAACAGAUUUCUUCAAAACAAAAUGCUCAGGGUGAAAAAUAACAUUUGACGAGCUACAGAAACUUACUGAAUACAGGUUAAUUGCACGGUAAUUCAUGCUGUGACUUUAAGUAAUCUCUUUUCAAAGGGAUCAUAAGCGACUUUUGUCAUGUCAUGCAACCUUGCAUAAUCGGAGCAAACUGUAAGUGACAAAUUAUUUCUAGUGGAGAUGUUUUUAAAGGUACACGUGGUAACCUUGCAUAUCAAAAAUUAAAUAUCUGGACUCAUUCUAAAAAAACAUAGCUAAACUAUUCUAUUUUGGCUAAAGAUGUUUCUCUUCAUUUACGUGAGUCGAUUAUGCUACCUCUCCACUUUUCUAUUCACUCAUGAUAAAUUCAAGACCAGAAAUUUCUGGACAAGUGCGUUUCCACAAGACAUUUGUACUUUUUUUGUAUUCUUUGCCACGUAAUGUACAUCUUACCUUCUUGUACAGAAUCUUUCCUUUUUCUGGCCAAGCAAACUCCAAAAUCUAAUUGCUAAAGUGUUUACAUUAGAAACAUGUUUGUAAGUGCAAUUUUUUUCAAGCAUAUAUUGUAAUUGCUAUGGGGUGCCAACUAAAAAAAAUAUCAGUUUAUACUUUCUCUCAGGACCAAAUCAACUCAACCAAAUAUCCUUGAUGAAAGAAUGAAUGAACUUGUACUGGUAAUAGGAUGUAGUUUUUUUUUUUUUUUAAUUUGUCCAUUCACCACUGUUUUGUACUGUAGGUCCAAUGAAGCAUGCAGAUCAGGCACAAUCAAAAUAUAAUUUUAUGGCGUUUAAAACCUGACUUUAGCACGGUCAUCUUUUUCUGAGGCUAAAAAUGAAAAAGUCUGCAUGGUUUUAAAUGCUCCAAUUUUGUGCGCUAUCACAUGGUGUGGGCUUGUGUGCAAUUCUUACAAUUUUGGGAGGUGCCUGGUCUGCAAGUUCAAUGUGUCCAUUCAUGUCUGCUGCUGUCAUGUCAACCUAGGUGGAGCUAUUGUGUAAUGUGUUAAUUUGUUAGUAUUUUUUUUUUUUUUUUUUUAAAUACCUUGUAAUUGGUAUUCAAACAGCAUCAGCCGCAAAUGGAUCAGAUUUUAUGUGAAACGAAUUUGAACUGUAACUAAAGUGAAUGGACUAUUGUAAAACACAUUGGUUAUCUGGAUAAAAGCACCCUGCUAAUAUAGUGUAUUGGGUGUGGACACCCUGUUUUUGCCCGAGAAUGGCCUUUCUUAGCUCAAUUGUAAAUGACAUGUGAAAGAAGAGUAGCGAACGCUUGCCAGAAAAGCAUUAAUACCUCAAGCUCUACGCUUUGAUCCAUGUCUGUGAAUGAAUGCAUCACACCUGCAUCCUGUUGGUAGUGGUUAUUAUGCUGUUUUGUAUUGGCAAUAAACCAUGUCUACAUUCAAAUAAAUAACAUCUUUAAACUG